AUGAGGAUUGAGACCCCCAGCUACUGGAAGAACAGAUGGUACCAUCCUACAAAAGAUUGGUACCAGCCCAUCACUGAUGCCCGGAGCAAAUCUGGACGCAACUUCUAUGAUGGGAUGCUCCAGUUGUCCAAAGAGGAAUGGGAGGAGAAGAUCAAGGCCAAUCUUGUCUACAAGAAGUUGCUGGCAGUACCAUUUGACCAUUUCGAUGCCGUGCGCUACAUUCCAGAUGGCCGAUUGGCAUCUGGCAUCAAUGCUGGUCCGACAUUCCCUUGCUUGUCUGGUGAGACCCCUUCUGGCCCUGUGUCUCUCCAGCGAUCUCGCUAG